UUAACAUUCCUACUUUCAAAACUAAACAAAAUUCCAGUAAAGAUAUUUACUUAUCAAACAUUUAAUAUGGUUUUUAUUAAUUGAGGCAUCUGAAUUGAAUAAUUGCACAAGCGGGUAUGAUGGACACCCCUUUAAUGGUUACAAUGGAGUAUAUCUCAAAGUCGUAAAGUUUGGAUAGAAUUAUACGCACCGUUAAGCUAUACAGUAUCUAACUGCAAAAGAGAAAACAAAAGAUUCAAGCAGAGAUUGUAAAACGCAUGAAUGAUACUUCAACGGACCAUACGGGAUCGCUUUUAUCUGCAUGUGAUGACGAUGAAAACGUCAACGACCCAAUAUUGGAAGAGUCAGAGUCAAAAUGCAAGAAAGAGAUAUGUGAACACCAUAAACCAAAUGGAGAAAUGCGACUGUAUAGCUUAAAAGAUGCCCCCGAAUAUCUACAACAUAAUGUAUUUAUUUUGACAGGAUAUCGCGGGAUUUUAAAUACUAAAUUGUGCAUUGAAAGCAUAUUUUGGUGGACCAAUGAAACAAUCAACAUAUGGUCCCACAUUUUUGGAUGGCUUCUAUUUGUAGGACUAACAAUUUACGAUCUAUCCUUACUGAAUUUGCAUGCAUCCUUUCUUGACAAACUGUGUGUUGCAAUGCUGCUGAUAUGUUUUCAGGUUUGCAUGGGUCUCUCAGCUGUGUACCAUACAUUUUCCUGUCGUUCUGAGGACGACUGUAAUUACUAUUUAUCACUUGAUCUGUUCGGAAUUGCUCUCUCUCUACUUGCUAUUUACAUGUCUGGAAUUUACUACGCUUUUUGGUGCCACCAAGCGAUGUUAAAUUUCUACUUAGUUACAAUUUUCCUAAUAUUUUGCGGCGCUAUGGCGUUGCAGCAUCCGAAAUUGAAUGCAAACACAAACGUAAAAAUGUUUGUAUUUGUUUUAUGGGCUGCAUAUGGAAUAGUCCCAACGAUACAUUGGACGUUUAUAAUGGGAGGUUUUGCCAACCCUUUAGUUAGUAUGCUCAUCCCAAGGGUGAUGGGGAUGUACUCGAUAAGCGGUACCGCCUUUUUGAUUUACUUGACCAAGGUGCCGGAAAGGUUUUGUGCAGGAAAAUUCGAUUAUUUGGGACACUCCCAUCAGUGGUGGCAUUUGUUUGUAGUUGGCGCACUGUAUUACUGGCACAAUACCGGAAUAAUGUAUGCGGAAUAUCGAAUGAAUCAUGGAUGUGCCACAUCGCUGAGGUUGGACUAUUGAUGUUAUUUAAAAUUUAGUCUAUAUACCAAUUGAUUAGAUUAGAGUAUAUAAUUAUUGUAUGUAGAUAUUUUUCCAGUUAAGUAUUUACCUACCUACAAGUAGAUCUGUUUUGCUACUAUUGACUGUGAUAAGGGCCUUUCUUAUAUCCAAUUAAAGUGACAAUGAAUUA